AUGGCUUCUUUCUUGAAAAUUUCUACUUUAUUGGCUAUCGUUUCAACUUUACAAACUACUUUAGGUGCCACCCCACCAGCCUGUUUAUUGGCUUGUGUUGCUAAAGUUGAAAAAGAUUCAAAAUGUUCUGGUUUAAAUGACUUGAACUGUAUUUGUUCUUCUGAAUCUUCAGCUAUUGAAAAAUGUUUGAACGAUAUUUGUCCAAAUGGUAAUGCCGAUGCUGCUAUUGAUGCAUUCAAAGAUUCUUGUUCUGGUUACAGUUCUGCUUCUUCUACUUCAAGUGAAGAAGAAUCCUCCUCAACUGAAGAAUCUUCUUCUUCUUCUUCUACUAAAGAAUCAUCUUCAUCCGUUGAAGCUUCUUCCACUGAAGAAUCCUCAUCUGCCGAAGCUACUGAAUCCUCCUCCACCAAGGAAUCUUCUUCUACUAAAGCUUCUUCUACUGCUGCUGAAUCUUCUGAAGCUGAAGAAACUUCUGAAUCCAAGACUACUGAAUCUAAGACCACUGAAUCUAAGACUACUGAAUCUGAAACUACUGAAUCUGAAACUUCUGAAGCUCCAGAAUCUUCAUCUGUUGAACAAGAAACCUCUUCUUCUUCUACCAGUUCCCUUGAAGUCAUUACUCAAUCUGAAGACUCUGCCGCUAAAGUCGGCUUGGGUGCUAUGAUUGGUUUGAUUGGUGCUGCUUUAUUAUAA